GGGGAGGGAGGGUGGUGGACACUUGUACUCGCGCGCGUGGAACCGCCGCCGACGACGACGGCGACGACAACGAACGGAGGAUCAUCAGCCGCCUUCCGGCGCGAUCACGUGGCUGAGUUGCCUCCGCGUUGAUGUCGAUCGUCGGAGCGCCAGCGUCCGGGACAGGAUCGUCGCGCGGGACGUGUGCGUUACGUUUCACGACGAACGGAGGUAAAGGGAGGGCCGUUUCUCUCUUCUUCCCGCCCGUCACCGACGCCGCCAGGCGCGCCAAGUGGAUUCGAGACUAGCGCGGCGUGUUUAAUUGACUUUACCUACCGCUGCUGAACGCCGCGUUUACCGAUUCGAAACGUUCCAACGGGAGACGAGCCGCCGCUGGUGCUUCUCACGCGUUUGGCCGCGCGGUACUUUCGCGCAGAGUCCGGCUCUCCUGCUUUCGUGUGCUCCGCUUUUUCGCGCGUGUUUCUCUCUCUCUCUCUCUCUCUCUCUCUGUCUCUUUCUUUCUCACAUAUACACACACUCCGUCCUCGCGACUGUCGGAAGAGCGCGCCCGCUGGAGUCGCGUUUCCGGUGCGCGGGACACCGGAUCACGUUGAAACCGCGUUGAAAAUCGGCGAGGGAUAAUGUGCGUGCUGGAUCGGUCGCAUGGUGAUCAUAAUAUUGUGUUAUUAUGCUGAUUAAAGCUUGUUAUUUGCUCGACCGAGGAUAAGCCGAUGUUAACAAGCUUUUGACAAUCAGCAUUGUUGAUAACAAUGCCUAUCGGAAAUGAACAGUCCACUGGAUCGCGAUUUUGCAGAAUUUAAAUUUUCCACGCAAGAUAAAAUCUACGACCGUGCGGGCACUCCCAGGUCGCCGGACGGUUUUAGCGGUCAACAACCGCUGUUGGACUGUGGUAUUUGCGGCAGGCGAUUCGCCUCCAAGAAAUUACUGCGUGUUCACAUUAAUACUCAUCUGAGGAAGCCGUGUAUCGUCCUCAGGAGGGUGACAGGACCGAAGGUGGUGAAGAGGAGGCAGAGUGACACGUAUUGGCUAGACCCGGAGAAGAAGGGUUCAUUGAAGCUGACUCUGAAGAAGCAAAGUGUCAAGCUUACAAUCAAGAAGAAUUCAGAAGCCUUCACUGUAGUGAAUCGCAACUUUUAUCCAGAUAUCGGAAAUUAUCAAGAAGAAGAGGUGGCAGGUGCUAAGGAGAAUGACCACAGAGAUGAUAGGGCAACAGAGGGCUCGCUUAAUGAACCUUUUGAAAACGUGAUGGUGGACCAACAAGACGAUUAUGGGAACAUUAAAUUCAACGACGAUCAUAAUCUUCUAGAAGAGAAUGAUAGGCCGUCCUUAGAUGUUAAUGAAGGUGAUUCCGGUGUAGGGAGUGAUAUGGCAAAUCCAUCCGAAAAGGAAGAUCAAAAUGUUGAUGAUAUACAGGGUGCUGAUAACUACGACAAUUCUGAGAAGAGACUUUCAGAAUCUGAGGAUCAUGAAGAAUCAGAUGCUUUGGAAGCCACUUGUAGGGAAACUAUUGAAAACUUGAAAAAACUUGGUGAACAGUCGAGUUCCAGGUCGACGAAUCGACUGAUUGACGAUUCCUCCGUGGAGGAAGAGGAUGAUAGAAGUCACGAAUCCAGUAUGAUACACAAUCUGGAGGAGAAUCCUUCCAUCAGCAUUAUUCCAAAGUCUUCCACGUAUACUAAUCAUGCGGCGGAACGUGCCGCGGUAUGUGACAACGAGGACAAGGACAGGGAAUCGACCGACUCGCAGGCUGGUUUCAACUGGAACCAACUGUCUGCCGACUUGUCGAGCAAAAGCAACGAGGAUCCUAAAGACAGCGACGAGCAGCAACAUGCGGAGAGUGGCGACACGAACAUAGAAAACGCUGGCUCGCUGUUACAGAAUUUCCUCAUCGAACAUCAGAGACGCAACCCGAACGAGGUAUCGCUGUCGAACAGUUUACAACCUGUUGAGACGGAGUACGUAUCUCUAGAGAAACUGGCAGAGACCGUCAACACGUGCCGCGUCUGCAACGAGAAGUUCAAGGACAUCGCACAUCUGGACGAGCACCGUGGCAAAGCCGGCCAUUAUCAGUGCAACAUACCGGAAUGCGCUAGUAUGAUCUUUAACUCGCCGAUGGAGGUGUCGAUACAUCGGGCGCAAAUGCACGGCACUCAGCUCUCACCGAGCGUGAGCCAGCUGUCGCCGCAUCUGAACGCGAAUUCGCCGCACAUCAAUCAGAACUCGCCGCAUCUGAGCCAAGCCUCGCCGCAGCUCAACACCCACUCACCUCACCACACCGCGCCGCCGAUGGAGCCGUCGCCGCCGACGACGACUACGAAUUCGCAGCAGCAGCUCAGCAGAAAUUCGCCGUUGACGUCUCCGCAUCAAACCAAUUCCCCGACGUAUGGUGGUCCUGCUGCGGCGGCGGCGAGCCAACAAAUGAUACCGCCAGUGAACUUUGAGCAAUUGCCGCCGCCUGUGCAGCAACUGGCCCAGCAAGUGCAACGUAUGCCUCUUCCACAGACGGGGCAAAUGCCCCCGAGUCUUCCUCCAGGCGCGAACACAAUGAUACCCGGUCCCAAUUACUUCGUACAACCGCCGGGUCGCCCGCCGUUAUACAGAGUACCUGGUCCUCAGGGUAUGCAUUAUACGCCGCAUAUAGCGCACUUGUAUCCCCAGUACGGGCCGUAUCCGCAGAUGGCCGGGCCACCGCAAAUGCCUCCUCAAUUGUCUCAGCAACUUCCACGAGGGCGAUAUCCGUCCGUCGUUCAAAACAGCAGAGCACCGCGGAUGCCGCAGCAAGGUCCAGUACCUCGGCAGCGUAUGAAGAGACCUAUGCAGCAAGCAAUGCCGGUCCAACCGCAAAAUAGCGGUCCUGCGGCAAAGCAGAGGCGUAUGGAUGUACUGUUGCCCGACAGAAACGAGGACGCGGACUGUCACGUCAUAGCGCAACAAAAACGGAACGAUGGUCUCCCUGUUAUACAGAAUGUACAGGGUGCUGCUCCCCAGCAAACCAGUAGAAACGACUCUACGAUACACCUCACGGAUUCGAUUACUCUGAGUGUUCGACAACCGAGUUCCGCCCCAGCUCAAGUCCAGAACACGUCGAAUCCUGGCGGAAAGAAAUCCGACGCCAAGGCAGUGGCGAAUGUCCUCGCGGCUCGAGGUAUAACAGUUACUCCAGCUGCAAAUAAAAAUAAGACAAGCGAACAAAACAAGCAGCAGAUACCUCCACAGCAGCAGCAGAGGCCACCACCUUCACAGCAGCCUUUAAAUGUUACAGCCCUCAAUCUGAAUUCUGCUAUUUCUAUCAUACCAACUAGUUCGCAAAGAAAGCAGCAGGAUCAGGGUCAGUUUGCCGUGCCGCAAAACAAACAGAACAAAUCAUCGAUGAACGAAGUGGAACGACCACCGAGACCACCGACUGUGGACCUCACGCAGGAUACUCCACCGCAGAUGCCAGUGGUUAGACGUGGCCGGCCACCCAGAGCAUUAUUGACAUGUCAAGUGUGCGACAAGAACUUUCAGAAUCAAGACAUGCUGACUCAACAUAUGGCGAAUCAUCGAACAACUAGCAAACUUCUCCACAAGUGUAACCUCUGUCCCGCUCAAUAUCCCACGGCUCAGGCCUUGGCGACGCAUAAACAGGCGUACCACAAAGAGGUCGAUACUGUGGCACAAAAUGGAGGCGCCGAAUUGGCUUUGCCGGUUGUGGACUUGAAAUCGCCACAUGUUUUGAAUCGCUUAGCGAAUCUGGGUAUUCAAAGUUACAUCCCGCUGUCGCAAUUGAGCGCUCAGACCGGUGGUUACUUUGGCUUGCCGAUCAUCACUAUAGACGGUGCGAGGAAUUCAAGCACCUGCAAUCUGGGUGCGCUUGGUGCUACCUCUAUAUUAAGUCUCGGUCCUCUCAAACAUUUAUCAAACAGGUAACUGUGGACGAAUUUGUGUUCCACCUAUUCCACGUGCAAUCGUACUCCUCUUCAUUAUUGUCAGUCAUUACUCCCGUUCGAUUCGACCUACACGUUACUGUAUUGCCACUGACCAUGACACGAAUUGUCCUAAUCUUUGGAAGAAGACAACCGUGAUAUAGCGUAAGUAGUAGAUUCGCAUAAACGAAAUUUCAAAUGAACCUGAAAAUUAUAUAUAAUAAAGAAUUGGUUCCAUAGAAUUGUUCCUUCUUUCGUAUUUUACGAAAUAGAAAGUAGAAAGAAUCGACGACGUUAGGUUUAAAGAAAUGAAAGAAAGAAAAGAAAGUUGUUAAUUUAUUUGUAGAUUUAGAGCAAUACAGUAUUUUUUUCGCGAAUUUUUCUCGCACUACAUACAUUUACUCUGCAUUUUCAUAAAAUGUAAGAUCUGAGACAUACAAUCAAUCUAUGCAGUUCAAGUAUGAUAUAGAUAUAAAUAUAUAUGUCAUAUAUUACAAGAAAGAAAAAAAGUUUAAAAUAAUAGAUUAUUUUGUAUCAUGAUCCAUCGCAGUUGCCAGUAUAUAUCUUUUUUAACAAAGAUAUAAAAUAGGAACUUUUCUCCUAAACCAUUUUCUCAUGUUCCACGUUUACCCGUUUAACCGUUUAACAAGAGAUCAUUAUGCGACUGAAUUUUUCCGUUGCUUUCAUAACAGUUUUACUUUAACGAGAGAUACACAACAAAAGAUAUUUUAAUUGUGUACUAUUAUCUAGCAAUACAUAGCUAAAUUGAAUUAAAUUACUUUCAAUAUAAUAUAAACAGAUACAUCUUUCA